AUGCAUAAUGGCCUUCAGUCUCUUCAGGCAAAUUACUCUUCCUUAGACCAACAUCUCACACGAAUUAAACAGGCACGAGCUAGUUCUUCUCAUGGUGAUCCUAUGGACACCAGCUCCAUACCUCAUAGUAAUGACUCCUCAGAAGAAGAUAAGGAAGAAAAUGAAGGAGAUAAGGAAGGAGAUGACAAAGAGGAAGAAACUGAAGAUGAUGGUACUAAAGAAACUGAAAAAGAAGAUGAAAAUUCUAAGGCAGGCUCCAAAGAAGAAGAAGAUGAUGAAGAUAGUACUUCUAAGGAGGAGAGUUGCGUUAGGAAACUCAAAAAGACAAAACCAACAAAGCUUCGAAGGAGAUAUCAAAAGAUCACCGACAGCUCAAAGGUGUAUGAUGUGUCAUGGGGUGAUCAAGAUAAAGCUCAAGGAGACCCAAAGCAAGAAAGGACUCAAUGGUUAAAUGAUGAUCAUGAAGAUUUCAAUAAGCAAGAAAGUUUUCAUGAUUUAGGAAAGCUCCAUAUUGUGAUGAGUCCAAGGUUUUUGGAUCAUUGGACCAAGCUAAGGGAUAUCGCUUGGAAAGCAUCUACAUCCACGGUGAGGUUAGUUCGUGGUGCAGCGAAGAACAUGGCGCUAAAGAAGCACUUGGAGAGGAUUAAGCAGUGGAUUCGGAUCAACAUUCUUCCAGGCUACACGACCAUGCUUAACGAUUGCGUGAAUCCGAGACUAGCGCAGAGGAGCCAUUGUCGGAUCUUUAUCAGAGAACACACCAAUGACGAUCGAAGGAGUGGCACGGAUGGUCAAGCUGAGGGAUGUACCUGUUUCAGAGAGGAGUUAGCAAAUGAUGAAUUACUAGAUAACCGCUCAGCAUCAUCAUCUAUGCGUGCGGUGGCUCGUGCAGACAUGGAACGAGUGCUUCGAGACGCUGAGUCUCGAGCGAAGGAGAUGGUUCGAUGGAUACAGACAGUGGAAAUGGAGAACCAGGAAUUGAAAGACACGGUGUCCACCGUUGUAGUGGAGAACCAGCAAUUGAAAGACAUGGUGUCCACCUUUCAAGCCUAG